CGCUGCCUCACGCCACUCAAAUCACUAAUCACUAAACAUUGGUUAUUACCUUCUUCAUUUAUUAUCCCGUCACUCAAAUCACUAAUCUCUCCUUUUUUUCUCUUGUUUGAGGCCAUCUCCAAUCAAGCCCUCCCCCUAUUCUAUCUCCGAUCCCAUCGUCCCCUAUUUACAGUCAAUAAGCAGUGAAUUGGGCGAAUUCGAGAGAAACCCAGAUGGGCCGGAUCAAAAGCUCAAGGCCCUUUUGGAGAAUUGCGUUCAGAGGUUCUCUGACGAUCAUUGGUGCCAGAACGAUGUCAGGUUCCUCAAGAUCUGGAUCCUAUAUUUACAUAAAACCUGUGGUUAUUCUGGAAGUGAAGAGAAUUUUUCAGAAGUAUUCACUUCUUUACGAGGCAUAUGCCCUUUUCCUUGUUGCAAAAGGGAAUUUGGUGGAAGCUAAUGAAGUUUAUGAGCUAGGGAUAUCCAGGAAAGCAGAACCUCUGGAUAGGUUGAAGAAGAUGCAUGUUUUGUUCCAGGAACAAAUGCCGGAACUUGCUCAGAAGCCUGUUCCUGAAACAAAGCAUGGAGCAGGCUUAAGGAGCAAGUGUCUUAGAAAAUGGAUCAAGGAGGAAGAAACAUGAGCUUGUUGAAGAAACAUGAUGCUUCAACAACUUUCAACUACUUGAAGGAGUAAAUGCAAUUGGAUUCUAUAAAUUAUGCAAAGUUCAUCAAGUUUUGUAAACAAUUGUAUUCUUUAUUAUCUAUGUAAACAAUUUAUGUAUCUCUCUAGUAUUUUGGUGAAUGUAUUAUUUGAAUAUUAUUAUAUUUGAUAUUGCAAUAUAAUUAGAUCGAUUGUGUUGGA